AUGGCCAGCGGUCAGCUCCCUCUGACUGAGUUGAGCCCUGCAACUCAACGCAGAAAUUCCCCAAGCUGGGACCAGCACGCCAAGGCCCCUAUCGCCAAUGGUGAUUCAUCGCAGUUGAACUCGUUCGCUUCGCCCAACUCUCCCAGAUUGUUUUGGAAGGAUAGAGAUAGCGGGUCUCCUUCGAGAACGAAAUCCGAAAAUCAGAGUCCUUAUGACCCUGAAGUCCUGACGACUCCCUGCAAAAGAUCCUCCAUUGAAAAUUUAAAACGAGCCUCCCGGGUGAAAAAUAGCAGCAUUGUUGCUCGAGAGAAGAACCAGGAAUAUGACCCUGCCCAUGUUCAGGUCUUGCAGCGCCCUCUGGCCACCGGCAGGCCGCUCAGUUUGCCAUUCAAAGGUGACGCAAAAGAAACGGGCAUUGUGGAUGCCAGACGUCAAUUACCAUCUCAAUCAUCUUCUCCACCUAAGCAGCAUCCUCAUGUUGGGAAUAACGGCUCUACUAACACAACCCCUGUUGCCCCAAGUUUGGGAGCCAUGUCUCCCACAACCAGACUAUCUCAGACCUCUCCAAGCAGACCCCAAUCCUCCCCCAACAAGUCAUCUCUGACGAAGGGGGGACGGUUUGGGAAUAAGACUGCACCAUUUGAUCCUGACAAUGAGAUCUGGUCUGAUAACGAUGACACGGCUACGGAAACAACUCCUGGUCGUCGUUAUAUGAACCGUCAGACUAAAAGUGUUACUUUUGAUGCUGCACCCCCUCAAGUUAAUGAGUACGAAAUGACCACUCCGGUUCCAUCAUCAACUGCCUCCAGCUUUCGGGAGGGGAGCUAUGAUUCUGCCGAUAUGGAAGAAGAAAGUUUUGAUCGUGGUUCUUUAUUAUAUGGCACAGAAGACAGCUUUGACGCAUCACUGGAAGAUGCAGAGAAAACGCCUGUUGUCCUGCCGGAGGACUGGCGCUUAAUGAGUCCGGAUAGAUCUAAUAGCAAGGACCUUCAGGGAGAGGAUGACCCCUUCAGUGAAGAUUUCGGCAGCCCUGGCUCAGAUGAGGGACGGCCAUCUGUCCUUGAAUCGCACUCUUUUGAGUUUGCUGACUCUAACGGCGACCACCGCCCUCUUCCUCCGCUGCCACCAUCCAAUAAUGCUCAAGUUACUCCGUCUGCAACAAUGGAACUCACAAGUAGUGGUUCCCGUGACUUGCCGCUCCCCAUGACUCCGGCGUCUUAUUCGAAGGAUGAUAUUAGCCGAUUCGGUCAUUCGUCCAUGUCGCUGGAAGAUAGACUUCGCUUAAUGAUGGCCCAGGAUAAGGAACGAUCCCCAGAAGCCGAAAAACAGCGUGAGCGGAGAAUGAGGCGUGCCGGAAUAAAGGAAAAGACCCUGGAUCGCGACAAUGAGAGUAGGCAGUCCUUCAGCGAUACUUCAAGUCCCAGACAGGACAGUUCGCCAUUCAAUGCGCAUGUCUCUCCGCCCCAUAUUUCGAGAGAGUCCAUUUUACGAAACAUCAGAAACAAGAACGGUGUUGAAACGGAAGACUUUUCGUCUCCGCUGCACAGCUCUAGUCCCCAGUUCCAUACUCCAUUAGAUCCUGAUGCUCUAAUCCCUUCUUUGGAGACAGACAAUGGAGAGGUUGCCAUCAAGGAGGAACUAAUUGAGGAUGGCGACAUUUACGAGAUCCCUGAGUAUUAUUCUCAGAUUGCAGACGACGACCACGAAGGCGAUGCUGAUGAUUAUGAUAAUGAAAUGCGACAUGCCCAUGGGAAUGAGUACACCAAGAUUUCUAACAAUCCUGAACAACAACAGUCUUUCAAUGACUCGGAAAAUUUAUCUGAUAACCAGAGUACGCCUGUUGCUCUGGCUACUCCAUACCACUCGAUGCCUGAAUUGAGCGCAGAGCCUUCUGAUAUUUCCGCCAUUUCUGGCAUCUCUGGUAUCUCUGGUGAACAGGGCUCAGAACUUGACUUAGGUUGUUCUUAUGUUGAUCACUCUUCAACUCUUGACGAAGCCGCCAAGCUUGCUCCUGCCCUGGAUAUGAAGGCGAUUCGGAAUUCGCUUCAGCGCCCUGAUACUCCAGAGGUUCAUGGCAGCCAGGAGUCAAGGAGCGUUCAUGGCAACGACAGCCAUAAUGAUCCUGUUACCCCUGAAUCGGUAAUUCGUCAUCCAAUUGAUAACCAGAUGAUCCCAAGCGAUGAGUUCCUAGCCAUUCCCGACCCCCUUGCGACGGUUAGGUCUUCCAGUGGCAACUUUAAAACAAAACUUUCCCUCAAUCCAGCGGGAGUCCAGGAAAUGGCAGCGACUCGCCGCAAGGUAAGCGGAAAGGAGUCGUCUGUGCCACAAAUCCCAGAAGAGCCAGGGACCGAAUAUUCGUCCAGUAGCGCGGAACGCGUUGACCAUUUAGCCCCGUUUUCGACUAGUCCACCGCAGUUAAUUCCAAAUGUAGCAAUGGAUAAUAUGAAACGGCAAAGCUCUCUCGUGAAGCUCGACAUUCCCGUCAGUGGAAGCGAUGAAGAUUUAGGUUUUGGACUUGACCUAGAAUUUGACCGCGUUAUUGAGGCCCAAAAGGUUGCGUUUGACACUUUCCUUUCUAAACAACCCUAUUACAACACCCAGGUCAAUUUGGCCCAGAGAAACAUGCACCAUGGGAAAGGAUACCCCCUAGAUUUUGGAACUAUUGCUAAUAAUGUUACUACGCGACAGAGAGGUUAUUUUAUGAGACAAAAUAACAAAGUUAUCGUGGCAAGCGGCCGCCAGGACGAUGCCACUUCCCCUACUGGUUCGGAAGUGGAAGCUGAUCCUAGAGGUACCAAGUCGGCUAGAAAUUCAUCCCGAAAGCCCAGCCAGCAGACGUGGACGACUGAACCGUGGAAUGGAAAAAUUCGCCGCCAGAGUAUCAAAAUAGCAGGUGGAGUGCCGAGGAAGCCGGUUCCUGGCCCUGUACCUCCAUUGCCUGGUCAAGAGAGCAAUGCAAAGGAAGGAUUUGCUACCGUUGGGGAAUUGGAAGCCAAUGCGACUGAGGAACUUGAUGAGGAUGGAGAGAGAGGGCGACUGUUUGUGAAAGUUGUUGGAGUCAAGGACUUGGACCUCCCAUUGACGCGUGGUCAACGGAUCAACUUUUCCCUAACCCUUGAUAACGGUCUCCAUUGCGUGACAACAUCGUGUCUUGAACUUGGCAAAUCUGCACCCAUCGGGCAAGAGUUCGAAUUGGUUGUUCUAAACGAGCUUGAGUUCCAAUUAACCCUUCAAAUGAAAAUGGAAGAUCUAAAGCCUAAACUCAGUCCAUCUGUUAUACCUUCACCAGGGAAGACGCCAAAAUUUAAGGGAUCCACAUUCAGUCGCGUGUUUGCCUCUCCCAAGAAGCGAAAGGAGUUGGAACAACGACAGCAGUUCGAAGCGCAGCAGCUCAAGCAGCAGAAAACUGACGAGAGAGCCCUGGAUAAGGAAAACCCAUGGAACGCGCUUCGACCUCUUGUUGCUAGUGAUGGAAGUUUUGCUCGUGCCUAUGUUUCCCUGAGUGAUUAUGAGAAAGCGGCUUUCGGUAGGCCGUUGACUGUGGAUGUGACUUGUUUCAAUGAGUGGGCAAGUAACCCGGUCAAGAACAAUUCGAAGAACAAGAGAUACAUGGUUCAUUCUUCUGGUUCGGGUUCAACUAUGCAAAAGCAGCAACAACAGUAUCUCCCUCCUUAUCGGAUUGGCAAUUUGGAGCUUCAGCUCCUUUAUAUCCCGAAACCGAAAGGGGCUACGGAAGAUGAUAUGCCGAAAAGUAUGAAUGCUUGCAUUCGCGAGAUGAGAGAAGCUGAUAAUACGGCUGCUAGAUCGUUUGAAGGGUUUUUGUCACAGCAGGGUGGCGAUUGUCCGUAUUGGCGCCGACGUUACUUUAAACUCCAGGGCUCAAAGCUUAUAGCUUACCAUGAAGCCACCCGUCAACCUCGCGCUACAAUCAAUCUGGCAAAGGCCUCCAAACUCAUUGAUGACAAGUCGACAUUAACCCAAAAGGAAACUUCCGGCAAAGGCGGGCGUCGUCGUAAAUCUGCCUUCGCAGAGGAAGAAGAGGGGUACAUGUUUGUUGAAGAAGGGUUCCGCAUCCGUUUCGCAAAUGGCGAAGUCAUCGACUUUUACGCUGAUAGUGCCCUGCAGAAGAAAGAGUGGAUGAAGGUUCUCGCUGAGACUGUCGGGCAGGGUCAUGCUGCUGGAGCGCCGAGAGCAUGGACGGAAAUUGUCCUUCAGAGAGAGAGGGCGAUUGCGGCGAAGAUUGAGGCUGCUAAGAGGGGUGUAGGGGCUGCUGCUUCUGUGGGAGCUAUGGCACCACCGCCGAAGAAGGAUCAGUCUGGGCCGCUGCCAGCUAGGCCCGGCGCAACUGCUCCUGUGACUAAAGGGCCUGCGGUGGGGAAUGCGCCCGCGCCAAAAGCAAAACAUCAUCAUAGCCUUUCACAACCUGAGGUGGGCAAACAUGGGUUUCGACAUAAGAAAACGCGAUCUUUGAUGUUCUGA